UUAAAGCCGGCUGUUGCUGAGGGUCUCUUCAGAGCUCUCGGGUCUCCGUCGUCUUCUGGCGGUCCUGGCCUCAGCGCCGCUAGUGCGCUUGCGCGGCGUCGCGGGCUGGGUUUCCCCCGCAGUCGGACUUGGUACGGCCGGGCGGUUGGUGCGGUCGGCAGCUGCAGCCCGGGGCGCGCUUUUCAAAUUGUCCCCGACUUGCACGGAGAUGGAGGGGCGGCUGCGGAGAGGCCUCCCUGCGCAACAGGACUGCAGCAUCCGAGAGAAAAUAGACCUAGAAAUCCGCAUGCGAGAAGGAAUAUGGAAGCUGCUCUCCCUGAGUACAAAAAAAGACCAGGUUUUACGUGCAGUUAAGAACCUCAUGGUGUGCCAUGCUCGGAUAGAGGCGUACACGGCGGAGCUCCACAAGUUAGAAGAACAGAUUGCAAGUCAGACUGGAAGACGUGAUGUGAACCAUGAGAGCAAAGAGCGAAGACCCUGCCGAGGGAGGCUCGCCCUCUCAGAUAUCCGAAUCCCACUCAUGUGGAAAGACUCUGAUCACUUCAGCAAUAAAGAAUGCACACAGCGCUACGCCAUCUUCUGUUUAUUCAGGAUGGGAGCCGAAGUGUUUGACACCGACAUGGUGAUUGUGGAUCAGACGGUCACAGAUAUAUGUUUUGACAACGUCACCAUAUUCCACGAAGCGGGCCCGGACUUCCGGAUAAAGAUGGACGUGUACAGCUGCGGUGCAGAGGACCCCUCCAUAACCAGCACCCCCAGAAAGCUGGCUAAAAAGUUGAAGACGUCCAUCAGCAAAGCUGCAGGAAGGAAGAUAAGUUCCAUGCUCCAGGACGAGAACCAAGAGGCAUGCCUGCUCGCCAGCUCCGUCGCGGGUGCGAGGUACCAUCUGCUAGCUCACACCACCCUGACCUUGGAAAGUGUGGGGGACUGCUUCAAGACCCAUAAUCUGUCUGUUCACGGCAAUGAGGACUGUUCCUUUUGGCUCCCCUUGUACGGCAACGUGUGCUGCCGGUUCGUGGCCCAGCCAGCGUGUAUGGCCGAAGAUGCAUUUGCGGGAUUCCUUAAUGAGCAGCAAACAGUAAAAGGUCUGGUUGGCUGGAGAAGGCUGUACUGUGCUCUGAGAGGGGGCAAACUCCACUGUUUUUACGGACCAGAAGAAAUUGAAGCCAAGGUGGAGCCCACUCUGGUGGUUUCCAUUGACAAGGAAACCACAAUUCAGGCCGUAGAAAAGGACCCAAGGAGAAUCCAUCACUUCUCUGUCGUCAACACUGUGGCCGGGCGAGCUGUGACUCACAUCUUUGCUGCGGACAGCCUAGCGGACCUUCAGGAGUGGAUGGGUGCCUUCCGGCAGCAUUUCUUUGAUCUCAGCCAAUGGAAGCAUUGUUGUGAAGAACUUAUGAAAAUUGAGAUUAUGUCGCCACGGAAACCACCUUUGUUCCUGACAAAGGAGGCGACCUCCGUGUACCACGAUAUGAGCAUCGAUUCACCUGUGAAACUUGAAAGCUUAACUGACAUAAUACAAAGAAAAAUUGGAGAGACGAACGGACAGUUCCUCAUUGGUCAGGAUGAAGAAUCCGCACCACCCCCGUGGGCCGCAGUCUUUGAUGGCAACCACGAAAUGGUCAUCCAGAAGAAAGUAGUGUCCCCCGCAGGCCAACCGGCCCCUGAAGGGAAAAGGAAAAAGAGGCGAGCACCACUUCCUCCUCCUGACCAGCCUCCCUUCAGCGUAAAGACACAAGGUGGUACAGAUCAACCCAAGGACAGCAGGACCCAGGCCAGCAUCUCCGGAGCCUCGCCUUCAGAUCCCAGUCUGUCGUCACAAAUGCACCCCUUCCAGAAACCGGUGGCUGCCCCUCGCAAACUUCUCCCUGCCAGGAAGAACAGUUCAGCUGAUGGUGAGCACACAGACACAAAAACCAGUUUAGAAGACAAGCCAGUGCCGGCUCCAAGGCAGAAAUCCAUCAGAGACAUUCUGGACCCUCGAUCAUGGCUGCAAACACAAGUGUAGGCCUUCUGUACUGUCUGAACCGAGCUGUAAAGCUCAGGUCAGAGGCAUUAUGCGUGUAAUGUUAUAAAAUUGUAUAGGAAAAGACCAUAGUAAUUUCCAUAAACCGUUAAUAAGCUAUUAGAUACAAAAAGGUACCUUUUAAUAGAGAAUUGGAUUUCUUUUUUACUUCUCAUUUCCAGAAUAUAAAUGAUCCCCCCCACCACCCCCAGCAAAGACACAGUUUCUAGACAGUAUCCUAAUUGUUGGGAGGGCUAAUUUAUUCCUAAGUUAGUAGCAGGCGGUGAAUAAGCAGUAGGCAGAGGAAAGCACUGAUGUUUCUUUUGGAGAAAGAUUGUCUAGUAAUGUAGAAUGUGUUAAAGACAAGCCGUGUUCUCAUUGUGAGAAUUUUAAUACUUGAUGGAAUGUUUCAAAGGUUUUAUUCAAACCACAAAUUACAGAAUCCACCCAAGAAAAUUUCCCCCUCAGUUCUCUGGGAUCCUCAUCUCACGGGCCGCUGCCUCCCCUCUCUUGUUUCCCUUGGUGGUUUAUAGGCUUGACCUUUUAAAUUCCUGGGAUACAUUUUAGAAUAUUAAAUUCUUUGUCUUUAAAGG